AUGCUGGUGAAACAAGUAGUAGUUUUGCCACAUGUGAUGUAUUGGUGGAUGAUGGCUUACUACAUAGUUUUACUUGUUCUUUAUUUUGGCUGCAGUGAAAAAGUCGCUAUUUGGGCUUUGAAGGCCUCCGAUUGGCAUCUUGAAGGAGCAUUUGAUGUAUUUUACAGCCAUCCUCGUAUCAAAGCUUUGGCUGACAUAAAGCAACUUUACAAUAGAUACAAAGGCAAUUUACUGUGUCUUGAUGUGCAUGCAACUCUUUUGGUGGUCUCAUGGCAUAUGAAGGCGGCUACUAUGUGUGAAUUCUCAAGGAAGGAAUUCAUUGGUGGAUUACUCUCUCUCGGGAUAGCAUCACUGGAGAAGUUCAGGGAAAGAAUACCAUUUAUGCGUUCUGAACUUAAAGAAAAUCAAAAGUUCCGAGAGAUCUAUAACUUUGCUUUUGGCUGGGCAAAAGAGAAGGGUCAGAAGUCUUUAGCAUUAGAUACAGCAAUUGGGAUGUGGCAGUUGCUAUUUGCAGAAAAGCAGUGGCCAUUAGUUGAUUACUGGUGCCAGUUCUUACAGAACAUUGAUCCUACAUUAUCAAACUAUAAUCCUGAAGGUGCUUGGCCAUAUCUUAUCGACGAAUUUGUUGAAUACUUGACCGAAAAUGGCAUAACUCAGAAGGGAAAAUCAAGUGAUUGGAGCUACAAGCAUUAA